GAGGGUGUAAUAUUGAUUCGGGUCAAAAUGACCCGAAGGCAACACAAGGGUUAAACGGUGAAUUUUUGUUUGUUUGUAAAAUGUAUAAAAUGAGCCCAGCCUCCAGAGGGUUAACGUGACAUAUUUGAAUGUCAGUCAGUUACCAAGGCCACUGGUUCUGCUGUGUUCAAUGUUAAAGAUGACAGGACCAAUGGGGUCUCAAUAUACUUCUUUUUUUUUUACUAAUCUGAUGUUUCACUGAAGAAACAAUUUAUCAUCCACGAUAUUAAAUACCUCGCUGGCACUUUAUAGGUAGGAGCCCCUUUGAAAACACAGCUCUGUGUGAAGUUUUGUCUUUAAAAAGAAUGAACUUUUAACUUUUAACUUGUAAUUGCGAUUAAUCGCGAUUAAUCGCGAUUAAUUAAUCGCAAUUUCAAACUGUGCGAUUAAUUAGUUAAUUUUUUUUAAUCGAUUGACAGCCCUAAUAUUUUGUCUUAAAACAUGAACAUCUUGAUCAUGGGACCUUUAACCCUGAAAUAAAAAUAAAAUGUAAAAAAAGAAAUUGUGAAAGGGAUUACGCAAUAUUGUUUGCCUCUAUAAAUUUGAUAAAAACAAAAAUAAAUAAAUAAAAGGGCUGCAGAUUUAACAGUUGUUAAUUAAUCAGAAGUUGUAUGUAUAGCUCCCAGGAAUUUUGCUUAAUUUUUGUUUUCAUUUGUUGGUAUUUCUUUGUGUGAGUGGGUAGCAGGUCCGUCUUUCCAUCAGGGGGUUGGAGGUUCAAUCCCCGCCCUAGUCGAUGUGUCCUUGAGCAAGGCACUUAACCCUGAGUUGCUCCCUGUAGCUGCGUCUACAGUGAAUGAAUGUAACUACUGUAAGUCGCUUUGGAUAAAAGCGUCAGCCAAAUGACAUGUAAUGUAAUGUAAUGUGUUUAGCAUUAAUGGCAUGACAGAAUGAAUCAUAAUAAAUACAUUUUAAAAAAUCAAUUAAUCAUCAUCUGAAAUUGGGAUUGGAUUAAGUGCAAUAGGCAUUCAGAUGAUCACACCCACGACCUACCAGCCAGACCGGCUGGACCAAACGGCAUCAAGCUGCAGCCCAGGUAGAGGGAGGAGAGCCCAGGUGAAACCCUGCAGCGAGGACCGAGGGCGACUCCACUACCCUUCCUCCUGCUACCCGUCUGAUGUCGAAGAACAACACGGUGGAGGACAGCAGCUACAGGUUAGUGAGCCCACAUCUUGACAGAGACCGUGGCGCCAUCGUUCUUACCCGGAUCAAGCUGCACUUGAUGGGCAGGACAGGACUCUGUGUUUACGUCAUGGUGCCUCAAAGUCACAGUCGAUGGACAAUGUUUUUAUCGUGUUGAAUUUAUAAUGUGAAGACAUUGGCCAUAUCAUCUUCCUCAGAGAACUGGUUUAGUUACAUUCCUCCCGUGUUUGCUGUGUGACGAAUGGAGUUCAACUGAAUUUCGGGGUGCGUUCCUGUGUUGCAUAAUGACAUUCUAUCCCUGAAUAACAUUGCUUGUGGUCUUUUGUUGCUUUUCUUUUUCUUCCUGAAUUGUAAUAGAGGUUAAUAUCCGUAAACAAAACAAAAGUAGCAUUUUGUUUUCUAUUGGCCUUUUUUAAGUAAAUGUAUAUUUACAAUUAUAAUCGGUUAGAUUAAAAAGCUAACGUCAACAUAGCCUGACCAGAAAGCAUUCUGUUGGACCUGUUAAUCACCAUGACCUUUGCUGUUGUUUCUGGCACGCCUUUGGAUGCGUCAUUUCACAAAGCAACUCUGCGCAUGCGCGGAUCGGGUCUGUCGACGCGGUUGUUUGCCGAACGCCCAGUCCUUAAAAAACUUCAUUGUUGUGACACACUUCCCGGAGAGAGCGUUCUCACAAGUACCCGUCCUGGGAGCUGUUUGAAGAGAUUAUCUGUGAGGGUAAUACAAUAUAUAUAUAUAUAUAUAUAUAGCCAGGAUCGGAGCAACACGUCAGAACUGUACACCUGAGGACUCAAGAACUGGGCGAGUUAAGUUUCGUUUCCCCCGCAGCAGCAGCAGUUUCCGCGUUGCUCUGCGUCGCCGCGCUCCGGUCAUGGCCGACGUGCACGCGGGUCCGUUGUCUCUGAUCGGUCUGGAGGACGAGCUGACGUGCAGCAUCUGCCUGAGUCCCUUCGACUGCCCGGUGACCAUCCCCUGCGGACACAACUUCUGCCAGGGCUGCCUGCUCGCCGCCUGGAAGGACUCGUACAGCUGUCCUCAGUGUCGGACCCACUUCGCCACCAGACCGGAGCUGAAGAAGAACACGGUGCUCAGCAGCGUGGUGCAGAGCUUCACCCUGAGGAAGAGCGAGAGCCAGGCCCCCCCGAGAGCCGAGCAGCAGCAGCAGGAGGAGGAGGAGGAUGACGACGUCGUACGUUGUGACGCGUGCAUGGAAGCGGAAGCGUCGCAGACCUGCCUCACCUGCAUGGCCUCUUACUGCGAGGAGCACCUGCGGCCUCACCGGGACAACCCCGCCUUUCGGCUCCACCAGCUGAGCCGGCCCCUCGGCGACCUGUCGGAGCGGAUCUGCCCGGACCACCACAAGCUGAUGGAGCUUUUCUGCAGCCAGCACAGCCGUCCGAUCUGCAGCCUCUGCCUCCAGCAGGUGCACAAGGGCUGCCCCUUCAUAUCCCCCGAGGAGAGGAGGAACCUGACAGAGUCCGACCUGAGAGCCAAAUUGGAUGUUCUGGACGGGAAGAUAACGAAGAAUGAGAAUGUCCUACGUCAAAUGGAUGACUUGCAGAACAAGCUGAAGGACUCGGCGACCAACAAGAAGAUGGCGUUGUCGGUGGAGUACCAGCAGAUCCAGGACAUGUUGGCGCGAGAGGAGCGAGAGUCUCUGACCGCCGUGGACCGCGAGCUGCAGAGCUGUCAGAGCAAACUCAAGGCUCAGGCCAAGAAGUUCAGCGAGAACGUGAAGAACAUGAGCAAAGCCAAAGAAGAGGUCCACGGUCUGCUGAGCCAGAACCACACGCUGGCCUUCCUGCAGGCUUCAUUCGACCUUCCUCCUGCUGCCAACUUUGAGCCUUUCGCCCCUCGACUCACCCUGGACUCCAAGAGCGUGACGGCGACUCAGGCCUUCUCCGCCCUCCUGAAGGAGCACCUGACGGAGAUGCUGAAGCAGCCCGUCGAGGCCCGACUCCUCCUCCUCCGACCCGAAUGUAAGACUGACAUUGUCGCACCUGGUGAAACGGCAGCUCCUGGCUCAACAGCUGCAAGUUCUGGAAGUACCGGGUCUCAGCUGGAGUCUGAAGAAACCAAGUCGUCCCCGAAGCAGAAGAAGCCGCCCAGGUCCCGUAGUUCAGGUCGUCAGCCGACCCGCUCGCUGCUGCAGCCAUUCCAAGGGCCUCAUAUGGAGCCACAACCCGGCUGGAGCCCACACCAGCAUCCACAGGGCCCCUACAUGGGUCCUCCUCACACGGGUCCUCCUCUCAUGGGUCCUCCUCAUAUGGGUCCUCCAUACAGGCCUCAUCCAUUCCUGCCUAUUCCUUUCAUGGAAGGACAUCAGACGAAGCAACAAUGGACAGGUGCAGGUGCUCAACCCAAACCGGGCCCCAAGAAGAAACCUCAAAAACAAAAAGCAGCCCAAGCCACAGAGGGCAACGCGGGGAAAAGCCAUCCAGCCCAUUCAACGGAGGACCUGAUGCAAGGCACACCCAAAGAGGCGGCAGGAACGACGGACAUUCCCCUGGACAUCACGUCGGCGAUACCGAGAAGCGAACUUCUGAAAUAUGGAACGAUACUCACGUUGGAUCCGAAGACGGCCCACAAACGCAUCGCGCUGAACGAGACCCUCACGCAGGCGUCGAUGUUGGACGAACCGGCCAAAUACCCCGACGGCCCCGAACGCUUCGUCAGCUGCUCCCAGGUGCUCGCCUCCAAAGGCUUCUCCAGGGGACGCCACUACUGGGAGGUCAAGCUGAGCAGCAACAACUUCAGCGGCGUCGGCCUGGCGUACGCCGGCAUCGAGCGCGAAGGUCUCGCCAGCCGACUGGGCCGCAACAGCCGGUCCUGGUGCGUCGAGUGGUUCGCCGGCAAGCUGUCGGCGUGGCACAACAGCAGCGAGAGCGUGCUGGUCAACCCCAACCCGAAGCGCAUCGGCGUGCUGUUGGACUGCGAGGCGGGCACCGCCACGUUCUACAACGUGGCGGGCGAGGCGCACCCCUUCCACUCCUUCGUGUUCCCCUUCAACAAACCCGUGUACCCGGCCUUCUGGAUUCUGUCCAGCGGCUCGUCUGCGUCUCUGUGCAAGCUGCAGGUGCCCGGAGCCGAUGCUAAUUGAGAUGCUACGUAAAGGGGCUGCGGCUAACGAAUAUUUGAACAAUCGAUUAAUCUGGAGAUUGUUUUUCUUCCGAUUAAUCUAUAAAAAAAAAAUUGCAUUUUCAACCUUUUCUUCCAAAACAGAACUCGCAACCCUUUACAGCUAUUUGUGGUUCAUUGGCUUCGUUCGCAAAGGGGCGGGGCUUAUCGCCGCUCCUCUGUUCCGUGGAUACGGUUGUAAUUUCCUCCAUCCACCACGGAAUAGACGAGCACUCUGCUUUAUUCUUGUUCUGGACAUCCCACAAACGUCGGGACAUCCAACGCCCUCGCGUUCGCGUUCAUAGCAUCAUUGUUGUGCUCGAACAUCUCCGCGUCAUUAUGUACCAAAAAGGUGAUUAAUCUGGAGAUUAUUUUUACGAUUAAUCGAUUUAAAAAACAUUCGUUUUCAACCUUUUAUACCUAUACUCAUUAACCAAAAAGAUGACUUUGUUGACUAGUUGUACCGAUGAACCCAGUCCUUAUUUUUCAUGGCAAGAAACUGGCCGCUGACCCCUCCCCCCCCUCCCUCUAACACAGUCGUACAGUUACAACCCAAAUGGAAAUUAGUGAUAAUUAUUAUAACCAUUAGGGAUUACUGCUCUGCUUCAAGGUUAUUCUGCCCAGCCUAUCGUAGCGACUGUACGUCCUUCGUGGUUGUCCUUUUACUGAUGACGCUGAAUUUGUAUUUGGAUGACCCAAAAAAUUAAGAUAGCUUUUUAAAAACAUAGGAAAAGCAAAAUACCUCCAUGUUUUACAGUCUGUCAACUGCAUGUUGAGGGAUUCGGACGCACUCCCGUGUCCCAAUUGCUUCAUAAUAAGUAUUUUAAAAAGCAAGAUACACAAUUUGCUUUUUAAAGCUAUAUUAUAUGGUAUACUACGCAGAUGAAAUACAGGCAUAGCUCCGUGUUUGAUGGUUCAGAGACCGGCAGGAUCAAAUAUAUUUCCCAUUUUCAUUAUUUUUUUCCUUUUAAAAUAAACGUGAUUUGAAAACUGGUACAAAAGUGAAAGAGCGCUUUAGGUGUGAGGUCGGUGACCUUCAGCCCGUCACCUUGACGGGAUGAAGCUCGGAGGAGUGGGGACUGGGUUUCAGUUUGAGGAGGUCCGAUCCCCUUCCUCCUCCACUGGGAUUACAACAUUGUGAAUGUGACUGGAUGAACAAGUGAAUUAAUGACGUCACUCUCCAGCUCACGGCGGUGCAUAUUAAUUCUGCGUGUGAAUUGUUGGGUGUUUUUGGAGCGUUGGCUUCGCUCCGAGAGGUUUAGGGAUGUGGUGAAGAUGGUUUUAAGUUCCUACGUGUUUUUAUACAACUCUUUCCAACUCGGCUCAAUAUUCAUUGUGUCCUUUGUUUGUUGCUGGUUACGUUGCUUCUACUUCCAGGUGUUCCAACUUUAAGUAAUUAGCAGCCUUCACUGGCCUGCUGGUGGUGCAUUAUGGGAGUUGAAGUCAAGAGAGCUGAAUCAGAUGAGGAACUGAGAUACAACUUGAACAGUGGCAAAAAUUGGAGAAUUCCACCAUUUUGUCUCAACAGUUAUCAGGAUUCUUUUGUUCAUAUAUGAGCAUAUGAAUAAUUUCUGGUCACCCGAGAUUAUUUCCUAUAUAAAGUUUGAUACCAAACGAUGCUUAACGGACCACGUUGACCACGUGGCUGGAUACAGAUGUGUUCCUGUGAUGUGAUUGGCUGAGCAGGGUACCCAUAUCAAGAGAAGAGCAGCGCAACAGACAUUUAACUGUUUCUUGUGGUCAUUAAACAAAUUUAGUUCAAAACAAGCUAACUAGUGUAGCUGCACGCUAGUUAGCUAAGCUAGUCAAUUCAACCAUGCUUCACUGCUACACCGGUUACAGGAAACGAGCCAAACAAAGUUGUCACUCUGGUGGCGGCAACGUGCAACACGCUGUGACAAGUGUGUUUAUUAAUGCACUUGUUAAAUCUAGCUCUUUCACUCUGGCUCUCGUAACGUUACGAAUAUUCGCAACGCUUUACUCGCGUGAGUUGAUUCGCCCGACUAUUUGUGGUUUAAUCGCUUCAUUCGCGCCUUAAUAUGUGACACAGUUUUGAAUGGAAGGGCCGUUUUACUGACGUUCCACGACAACCGCGCUGAAUCUCGUAGCCGAUAAAAGGUGUGAGACGACGAACUGUCGGUACGUUAAGAGCAACGUUUUUUUAUACCUUUGCUCCACUAACUUCACGGCAUUGACGCUGUUGACAUUACCGAUAACCUCGUUGCGGUUCGGACAUGUCGACCGCUGCAUUAAUCGGUUUAAUGUCGGUGAAGUUUCAGGAUCUCUGCAGAAGUACGGACCUUUUUAUUCUCCGUCGACCAGAAGGACUUAAUAACCUCGUUAAUGUUCGGACGAGGGUUGUCCUGAUACCGCCUCUGCUCCCUCUCUCUCUUCAACCUCACUCUCUACUGCUCCUUUUCAUGGAAGCAGUCAGCAGCUGGCUGAUUACCAAUCGGCCAGCAGCUGAGGCCAAUCAGAGACCCCACCCCCCUAGCUGCCACAUUGGUUAAGUUUAAAGAUCUCUGCAAAAGUACGGACCUUUUAUUCUUAGGUUGCGUGAGAAUAUUUGGGUAGUACACCCCCGACUGGACCUGUGCAGUGGAAUCUUCUGUUUUCACUCGUCAACGCAUCAGAUCGAUCGUGCUUCGGGACUCGUCGUCUUGACACAGGUUCGCUCCCAACGACCUCGAACAGCCGACGGGCGUGUCUACGCCGAGUGCAGUGGUUCAACUUUAUGACUUAAUUGCUUGCGCCUUCUAUUUUAGAGUGUCAUGAUUUUUGGUAAAUCAUCCACAGGAUCCAGUGGCGUUUAGAUCAAUAUGUAUGUUUGCUCACGGAAAUAAAGUUCCUUGUUCUUUGCAUCUUCUGUUUCCAAGUGUACCCGUGCGUUGGAUUUGACCCCAAACUGCACGCUGUAAGAAGUUCACUCAAACAUGUUUUAAUCGUUUAUGUGUGGUGGCUGUUUGCAACACUGUUGGUAAGUUAAUUCCUAUUAAACCAAUUAAAAGAU